GUCCCAGCAGACAAUACGGAGUGAACUGCCAGUCAUCUUGCGGUCGUUGCCAGGACAACGCUACAUGUGACCAUGUCAGCGGGCGAUGCUCUAACGGCUGUAGUGCAGGAUGGACUGGGAAACUGUGCAAAGAUGUCUGUCUUAGUGGGAAAUUUGGAGAAAACUGCGGGAAAUCAUGUGGAAGCUGUAAAGACAAUGCUCCUUGUAACCAUGUCAACGGAAACUGUCCUAGUGGUUGUGCUGCAGGAUGGACUGGAAAACAAUGUCAACAAGUGUGUCCUCGAAAGAAAUUUGGAGAAAACUGUCAGCACAGGUGUGGCCAGUGUAUUUCCUACAAACCCUGUCACCCUCUACCGGACUGUGUGAGGCUGGCUGUUUAUCUGGAUGGACGGGACCCUACUGUAACGAGAGUUGCCCUUUGAACUUCUUUGGACCAGACUGCCGAACACUGUGCGGUCGUUGUUACGACUAUGAACCAUGUGAUCAUGUUACCGGAUAUUGCAGAAAUGGCUGUGAUGUAGGAUACACUGGUGAUUGGUGUAAUGAGGCCUGUGCUUCUGGAACAUUUGGAGAAAACUGCCGGAGAUCCUGUGGUCACUGUAAAGACAGUCUUACUUGUCACCAUGUCAACGGACACUGUCCUCAAGGUUGCGCUGCAGGAUGGACUGGAAUACAGUGUCAACAAGUGUGUCCUGUGGGCAAGUAUGGAGAAGACUGCUGUUGGACGUGCGGACGAUGUGAAGAUGACUCGCAAGUCUGUCACCUGUUCACACACCUGUGCGUCUCUGACUGUGCUGCAGGAUACCGCAACCGUUAUACCAGAAUGCUCAUCUCGAUAAAAGUCUUCAAGUUUAAGGACAGGACUGAGGUGUUAACCUUCUACUACAGUAACAUCCUGUGGAUACCUGACUAACAUUGGUUCGACAUCCAGUGAACAAGGUGAUAGGAUGUGACUGACUGCCUUCAACCACAAGGAAAUCUGAGAAUUUACCUUUAUUUUUACUUUACUUUCUUUUUUCUACUUUAUAUAACUGUAAAAUCACAGUAGCUUCUACUCCUUCCUUUUACUGCAUCAUUCUUCUGAUGUUCUUCACUUGGAGUACUUGAUAAGACCAUUUGAUUGCAUAUUUCAUUUCCAAAUAAUCAACAACAUACUUUGCAUGUAAAUAACAUCUGCUAUUUUAAAAAGAAAUUAUGUUAUCAAAUUUUUAAAAUGUAUAUCAUCACUGUUGGUAUUUUAAGUAAUUAUACCGAUGUUAGUUUUUGUCUUUUGAAUAGAUACACGUGAGCUUUAGAUUUUAUUUUCAAAUGCACUUCAUUGUCAUGUAGAACAAGUACACAGCACUUUACUGUCAUGUUACUACGGGUACACAAUAUUUAUACUUUGUGAAACGAAAAUGAAAAAUUCUAAAUUAAAAAAAAAUGCAGCC